AUGAACAGCACCCCAGGAGACAUGAGGGAUGCUCCUGCCCCAAGCCACCGGCAGUGUCUUCUGCCCUCUGUGGCUCACACUCCCUCUGUCACUGAGGUGACACCAGCUAAGAAGAUAACCUUCCUUAAGCGGGGGGAUCCCCAAUUUGCUGGGGUCCGCCUGGCUGUUCACCAGCGAACUUUCAAGACCUUCAGCGCCCUAAUGGAUGAACUGUCUCAGCGCAUGCCUCUUUCCUUCGGGGUGCGCUCUGUCACCACACCCCGGGGCUUACAUGGCCUCAGUACCCUGGAGCAGCUGCAAGAUGGGGGCUGCUACCUCUGCUCCGAUAAGAAGCCCCCUAAAACUCCCCGAGAGCCAGGCCGGCUACAAAGGAAAAGCCCCUCUGCUGGGCAGUCACGGGGGUUUGAAGGUGGCCAUGAAGCUCCACGAACAUCCUCUUCCUGGAAGGGUCUCAUGGCUCCACGGAGGCUGACACUGGUGAAGAAUGGGGAUCCUAGAUGCCAGCAGACAGUGGUUCUAAGUCACAGGAACAUCAGGAGCCUGAAGGCCUUCCUCGUCAAAGCCUCCGAGCUUCUGUGCUUUCCGGUGAAGCAGGUGUACACAAUCAGCGGGAAGAAGGUGGACUCUCUGCAGACACUCCUGGAUGGUCCCUCCCUGCUGGUGUGUGCUGGGAACGAGGCCUUCAGACGUCUGGAGAUAGAAAAUGUUGGAGGGACCAGGACCAGAACCUUAUCUGGUGUGACUGCAAGGAGUGGACAUGGUUUCUGGGGACCAAACGCCAAACAGAGUGUGAUGCACUCGAGGGCUGGGUCUGGCAGCAGGCUGUGCCAGUUGUCCUUGAUGUCAGAGAGACCUGGUCUCAGUGACCAUCCGGCACCGGGUCUUCAAGCCUGGGCAGGGCCUGCUUUGGACAGGUGCCCUCAGGACACACCUGCCCCACCUGGCUCCCUGGUGGCUGCUGAUGACGUGGAGAAGAAGGUCUGCAUGAAUGAGGAUGGCAGCCUGUCUGUGGAGAUGAAAGUCCGCUUCCAGCUUCUGGGCGAGGAUACCCUGCGGUGGUCACAGAGGGUGGGGCAUGCCAGUGUCUUCACCCCAGCCAAUGGGGAGGGCCAGGUCCUGAGGGAGGCUGAUCCCUUCUGCUGCAGACAAGAGGGUCACCCUUGGGGGUUCUUGGCACAUGGAGCACAGGGACUGGGUCCCUGUGAUGGAGGAUACCAGCGAGUCUUUGAUUUGGACCAGGAAUCACAGCCCAACUAUGACAUUUGGAGGAACCCCUUUACCACCCCUGGGGGUACAGGUCCAACUCAGAGGAGGAGGUGGGGGCUGUCUAAGCUUUCUGGAUGCAGGAGCCACUGCAGCCAGGGGGCCAAUGAUAGGAAAGGACAUGGCAACUAUUGUGCCAGCCCAGUGUCAAGUUCCAGGCACCCUAGAAGUGCCCAGCCAGGCUCCUGCUGUCCCUGGACUCCAGAAGGUGAGACAGACAGCGACACCUUGCACCCAGUUUCUUCAGCUUCUUCCCCAAGUGGGGCUGAGCUAGAAGCUGGGAAGGGCCCCUGCCUAGUGGACACAGGACCCUGGGGCUUGGGACCUGAGACUCAAGGUAUAGAAAGGGCCCUUUCUGAUACAUCAGUCAGUGCUGAGUCUCAUGAGGGGUCCAGUGAGUAUGCUGACCAGAACCACAGAGGCUCAAGCCAGGCAAGGGUCAUGGUGUCCCAGGGGAAAGCCAUCCAAGGUGACAGGUCCUGUGUUUCCACCCAGAGCCUCUUAUCUUUGAGCCACAUGGACUGUCAGACAGAGAAGUGUAAAUGGAGCACCAGGUGUCAGGAGGCCGGAGGUGAGCCUGAGCUGAGACUGCCCCUGGUUCCAAGCCAUUCUGGCUCUCAGGACACACAGAGAGGUGCUCUCCCAGCUCCUGCCAGCGCCCCAGCCCAACGGAGGCAGAAAAGGCAGAAGGGGCUAGCUGGUGUUGCAUACUUGCCCAAUGUCUCUGUCCCUUACCAAGGGGCUCAGAAAGGCCAUGCCAGGCAAUGUCAUUAUUGUAGGGACAUUCAACCCUCACUGGACACAGCCUUGCAAAUGCCAAUGCCUCAGGAAGGAGAAAAGGCUUACUCACCCAGUGCUGGGACCCAGGCCUUCGGGCAUCUUAGAUCACCAUUCUCUAGGUCUCUUGACUUUCAAGACCCACAAGCCACCAGCCAAACCACCAUCAUACCCACCAGUGACUCGGACUGUACUUCCAGCUUUUACCAUCACACUUGCUCUGCAGAGCCAGUAGGGGACACUGAGAGCCAAGCUCACCCUCCAGCUCCCACACCUGUUCACAAAGAAGAGGUAGGCUGCCUGUGGGAAGCGGCAGGGACCACUCCUGAGCCUUUCUCGUCCUCUGUUUUGCUGGACAGAUGGCCUGAGGCAGAAGACCCAGGAACCCACCAAGAUUGCUGCUGUUCACAGGCUGGGGCCUCUGCCCUCACGGGCCCCAGUGGUCAAACCCAGGCCUCCAUCUCUGAGGCCCGCUGGGGGGCCAGCAGCUUCUGCCCAACUGCCCCCCAGGAGCAAACAUGUUCCAGAAAGGAUCCCACAAGCAGCAGUGGUCUCAGCAGUGACCACAGUCAAGCUGGUGGCCAUGCUGAGCCCGGGAAGACUCUGCUGGGGAAGUCCCCCAGUACCAGGGGAAGCCUGGAGCAGCAGGAAGAGGAUGGUUUGACACCCAGUGCUCUGCCCUACACCUCUCCAGAUGCUGUGGUUCGUGAGUGGCUAGGAAACAUCCCAGAAAAGCCGGCACUCAUGACAUGUGAGAUGGAAGGUGAGACCACAGAGGUGGCCAGUGAUGACCCAGAAAGUGCCAAGGAGGCUCUUGGUGAUGACUGUUCUUUGAAAGUCCUGAGGGAAUUUGCUCAGGCCAGACAGCAGCCCCCAGAAGGGGUCACUGAUGAGCAUCCAGAGCUGGCAGGAGACCUCCCAGGGUCUGGUUCUGUGACCUGCAAACCGAGAAGUGACUCCCAUCAUGGUGCAGCAUCAGGUGAAGGAGUCAAAUCCCCUGCAGAAGCUGGAAUAGGAGAAGAAACCACUGUGGACCAUGGAGUGAGCCUAUAUGCACUCCCCAGCAGGGUCUCAGCCUCCACACAGAUCAUGAAGGCCCUGCUGGGCUCCAAGCCAGACCGGCCCAGCAGUCUACCAGAGAUCUCUAGCACAGUAGCCCAAAGGCUCAGCUACUCUGCCGGGGCCCUCAUUGCCUGCCUUGCCAGGCUCCGUUUCUUUGAUGGCAAUACCAGGCUUGAAGAGUCCCCUAACUACAAGGAGAUGCUAAGCAUCUCCCAGGCCUUGUGGCCUGGGAGUGAGCUUGGGCAAGGCCAUCUGGACAUAGGCUUCAGGAAGUUCUCUUCACACCAGGCUGUGCUGGGUACUGAGGAUUUCACACCCACCUCCUCCUCUGGUGUGGAUGUCAGCAGUGGCUCCGGAGGCUCGGGUGAGGGCAGUGUGCCCUGUGCCAUGGACAACACCCUGGCUCCCCACAGGGUAGACUUACCCUUGAAAAUCUCCUCUCAAAGACCUGAUUCCAGGAACCAGGUAUACCCAGAAGCACUGAGUCAUUCCACAGCCUCAUCUGGCUCCCAGGUGUGGGCUUGUGCCACCAGUGGGGAGGAGUCAGGUAAAGGGGGCAGGAUGACAAAGUGGAGCAACACUCCAGAACAAUCCAUUGAAAGCACGGUGGUGGAAGAGGAGACAGAAGGGAGUGCAAGAGAGAGGCUACCGGAAGAUGGAGUCCGUGGGAAAGGGCUUCUAGAAGAAAGGGCUGGAGUCUGCAGCCAGGAAAUGUUUCCAGGUGGCUCUCGGGAUGGGGAGAACUCACCAGAAGACACUAGAGUGUUAAAUGAUGAAUCAGGAAGAGAAACUGCCUCAGAAGGACUGUGGUGCCUAGAUGGGAGAGAGGAACCCACAGAGUCCCCUUGCCACUUCAGUAAGAGCCACUCAAAUGUUAGUGAGGGUCAAAGUCUUAACAUUUUGGAGUCGGGGUUGGAAGGGAUGUCCACAGUGGCUGCAAUGGGCUGCGCGCAAGCCUGUAUCAAGGCCAGCUCAGGAACCAGGGAGACAAACACAUCCACGGACCACAGGAGAUCUCUGGACCCUGACCCAGUCUGGGUGUCCAAGCUGCUGAAUAAGGUAGAGAAAGACUUCAUGGCUCACCUGGCUAGUGCCACAACUGAACUCCGAGCCCGAUGGAACCUUCAGGACAACAGCCUGCUGGAUCAGAUGGUGACCGAGCUAGAGCAGGAUGUGGGCCGACGGCUUCAAGCAAGCACUGUUAGGGAAGUAAGGAAGAUCCAGAGCCGGGCAGGGAGGAUGGUCCCAGAACCCCCACGGGAAGCCCUCAGAGGGCAGACAUCGCUACAGACAGCACUGCGCAGGCGUCGCCUUCAGGGCCUGCGAAACUUCUCAGCCUUCCCUGGCCAGGGCGCCCUCUCUCUCACCCUGGAGGAUGGGGCCACUCUCAGCACAGCCUUAGGGACCAGGCCAGGUGUGGGGGCUGAGGGAGAUGAGUUCUGUCCCUGUGAAGUCUGCCUAAAGAAGAAGAUGACCCCUAGAUUCCCAAAGGGUGCCACAGCCGUUUCCAGUGCACCAGUCAGAAAGGCCUUCGACCUACAGCAAAUUCUACAGAGCAAGAAAGGAGAGGCCAUGGAGGUGGUCCCCCAGAAGUCAGGGAUGAUGUUGCCUCAGGAGGACCCUAAAACUGUACAGGGAACUCAUUGGGAGGAGGAGCUGAGGUUGGCCCCGGGGCCUGUGGUAGAUGAGGAAGGGGAAGGGAGGCAGAGGUUGAGAGGAGAGGAGGACCCUGAGUUCUUGAAAGUAGAAGGAGCUGGUUGCCCUGUGUCAGAAGAAGAUGCGGCCACUUCAAGGGGAGGGAAAAUCCAUGUCAGUGCUGCACAAGAAAACCAGCAGUUAAAGGAGAGUGUGGCUGAGGAAGAAACCCCUCACCAGAGAUUUAGAGAUGGAGACGAUUGGGAGGCUUCAGGAAGACAGGGUGAUGAUGGUCACUCUGUGGAGACUCAGGACACUUCCAGAGAAAGACAGUCAGAGGUAGAAGGAGAAAAUCAACACAAAAAGGAGAAUGACCCUUGUGGUAGUUCAGGAGAGAGGCAGGGGAGGACUGUUUCUGAAAACAUCAGCCUAGACCAAGAGGGGAGGCUCCACAACUGCCAUAGAAGGCCAGGACCCCAGCCUCACCACACAGCAGACUCCUCCAGAGCAUCAUCUCUGGGCAACUGCUCACAGGAGUCUCAGAAGGGCUCAGAAGAAGAAUUUCCAAGUAGAGAACUCAAGUGCAUCAAAGCCAAGAACAGUGGGGUCUUGCAUGCGGAGAGGGAGGUCACCAUGAUGUACCCAGAGAGUUCCUCUUCUGAAGAAGAAGCCCCUUCCAGCCCAAGACCUCCAAAGCAGGGGGAAGGAGAAGUCUGUUGUGUAGAAGACCAAGGGACAGCUGAAAGCUUGGUUUGUACCCAUGUUGAGGGUAGGGUAGAUGGCUUUGGUCAGGACGAUUUAGAUUUCUAG